AUGAAUGAACAAUAGGCAGACACCAAUACAACCAUCACCUAAGAAACAGACAAAGUAAACCCAAAAGUCUUGAUUUAAUAAUCAGUUCAAAAAUUCAAUGAAAUCAGUUUCAAAAAUGAAAAUAGAGAUAAUCAAAACAAUCUAACUAAUACAACUGAAGUUAAUUAUAUAGUGGAUGAUCAAGAUGAGAAAAAGGAAAAUCUCAAUCAUAUAAGUGAUCAGGAGGAUCAAAAUGAAGAGAGAAGGAGAAGAAAUCAAGAUGAUAAUGCCAAUCCAACUUUUAAAAAAACUAAAUCAUUGAAAACAUUGAUCACUUAAAAUGAGAGUGAAUAACAAAUCCAAGAACCCAUAAAAGAGUAGAAUAGCAAAAAGUAACUGAAAGUGGCAUUUCAAGAACCUGAAUUUGAGAAGGAAGAGUAGGAGUAAACAGAGUAAAGACCUCAUAGAACUGAUUAUAAAGGCAUCUUAUAUCAUUUGACUAAACAUAAAAGAAUCUUCUUAAGUAAAAAGACUAAACCAUCAAAUCUGGUAUUUAUAAAAAAGAUGAUUUCUAAUUAUAAUAAAAGUUAUCAAAGUCAUGACAGAAUCAAAUUAAUUCAGAAUAAUGAUGGUAGUUACUGCUUAUUUAAAAUGAAUGUAUCAAAGUUCAUUAAGAAAUCUGAUUCAAGAGAAGAGUCUUCAAGUGAACCUGAUGAUAAUGAACAAUCAGUUGUGUAAUAGGGGAGAUCGCUUAUGACUUUAUCUAACCUUCCAUUCAGUGAAAGAAGAGAUUAAUCAGAUGGGGAUUCUGUGAGAUUCAGAAAUGAUGUCAAUAGCGAUGAAGAGGAAAUUGAAAAUGAGAAUGAAAAUGAAAAUUCUGUGGAAGCAUCUAGUUCUGAUGAAGAGGAGGGUAAUCUGGAGAAAGUUAAAUUGAAAAUGAAUGACGAUGAGGAAGAUUACAUUGAACUAUAAAAGAUUAUUGAGGAAGAUGAACAAAUCAAUGAGUAAGAUGAAAUCAUGGAAACUCCAUUAUAAGUUUAAUUACUUGAUUAAUAAGAUUAUUAAGAUCAAUCCCCUUGAUAUUAUACAACUUACUUAUAUCAUUAUU